GGUCCUUAGUCUGGUUCUGGUUCUGACCUGUGUUCGAGGCUCAUCGAGGCUCGCGCUGACAGGUUUCGCCUUUCGUUUGUGUCAGUGGUUUGUGGUGGGAAGAUGCUCCGGGUAAGGUCGGCUGUGUUCCGGUCAUGGAGAGGGUUCCAGACAUUCCCUUGUGCAGCUGUGGAGGUGAAGAACGAGCCCAUCCUGGGCUUCAAGGAGGGGAGUCCCGAGAGAAGUGAUCUGCUGAAGGCCCUAGACAGCCUGAAGGAGAGGACGCAGGAGGUUCCGUGUGUGGUUGGAGAUGAACAUGUGUGGACCGCAGACAUCAGAUAUCAGCUAUCUCCUUUCAACCAUUCACACAAGGUGGCCAAGUUCUGCUACGCCGACAAGGAGCUAAUCAACAAGGCCAUCCUCGCGUCUGUGGCAGCCAGGAAAGAGUGGGACCUGAAGCCAGUUCAGGACCGAGCCCAGGUCUUCUUCAAGGCUGCCGACGUCAUCAGUGGACCCAAACGGGCGGAGAUCCUGGCCAACACCAUGAUCGGACAGGGAAAGACGGUGGUGCAGGCGGAGAUCGACGCCGCAGCAGAGCUCAUCGACUUCUUUCGGUUCAAUGCUAAACACGCCAUCGAGCUGGAGAAGCAGCAGCCCCUGGACGCAGACGGUAGCACCAACACCAUGCUGUACCGCGGCCUGGAGGGCUUCGUUGCAGCCGUGGCGCCUUUUAACUUCACAGCCAUCGGUGGAAACUUGGCAGGUACCCCGGCCAUGAUGGGGAACGUGGUUCUGUGGAAACCCAGUGACACCGCUGUGUCUGCGAGUUACGCCGUCUACAAAGUUUUGCGGGAGUGCGGCCUGCCCCCCCACAUCAUCCAGUUCCUUCCUGCUGACGGUCCCGUGUUCGGGGAUGCUGUCACCUCAUCAGAGCACCUGGCGGGGAUCAACUUUACCGGCAGCGUACCGACAUUCAAGCGUCUGUGGAAGCAGGUGGCGCAGAACCUGGACAUCUACAGGACGUUCCCUCGGCUCGCCGGAGAGUGCGGUGGGAAGAACUUCCACUUCGUGCACACAUCUGCGGACGUCCAGAGCGUGGUGAUGGGGACGAUCCGCUCAGCUUUCGAGUACGGAGGCCAGAAGUGUUCGGCGUGCUCCAGGAUGUACGUCCCCGACAGCUUGUGGCCACAGAUCCGGCAGCAGCUGCUGGAUGUCCACAAGAGCAUCAAAGUGGGAGAUCCAGUGGAGGACUUCAGCACCUUCUUCUCUGCUGUGAUCGAUGAUAAGUCCUUCGCUCGAAUCAGCCGAUGGCUCAACCACGCCAAGACCUCCCCAAACCUGAGCAUCAUUGCAGGCGGAAACUGUGAUGACCGGAAGGGUUACUUUGUAGAGCCGACAAUUGUUGAAACCAAAGAUCCCCAAGACCCCAUCAUGAGUGAGGAGAUCUUCGGCCCCGUCCUUUCGGUUUAUGUCUAUCCUGAUAAGAAGUACCAGGAGGUGCUGCAGCUAAUUGACCGCACAUCGCCGUACGCGCUGACGGGCGCCGUUUUCGCCCAUGAUAAGAAGGUGAUUGAUGAGGCGGCCAAAGUUUUGAGAAACGCUGCAGGAAACUACUAUGUGAACGACAAAUCCACCGGCUCCGUCGUGGCUCAGCAGCCGUUUGGAGGCGCCAGAGCUUCAGGCACCAACGACAAACCUGGAGGUCCUCAUUACGUCCUAAGGUGGACGUCUCCUCAGGUGGUGAAGCAGACGCACGUCCCCCUCAGAGACUGGAAGUACCCCUACAUGGGCUGAGGUCUCUGUCAAUCCAUCCAUCCAUCCUCUUCCUCCUUCCCAGUGGGUCCCUCUCUGCACUGACUGUGACAUUACCGUCCUCCUGGAGCUCAACUUCCAUCCUAUUUGUCGUUAAACUCCAAGUUCAAAUCCUCCCCCCGUCCUGACUUGGAAGGCGCCAUCCAUGUUCCUUUUUCUUCAGCUGAUCAGAUAGCCUGAUCUCUGGAUGAAAUCCACUGGAGCUCAUUCAGCUGAAACUUCCAGAACACCCGUCUUCUGUUUGAUUUGUUCUCUGUGAAAACAAAGUCGAUCUACUUAUAGAAUUGUAGAAAUAACAAAUAAAUAAAAACCGACAUUAACUGAGUGUGUGAAAACAGAGCCUUAGAUCGAAGAUCUUCAAUAUAUUACCAGAGCUGUGAGAGAAAAAAGAAGAGGGCUCAUUAAACUAUAGUUGAUGUUGGAUCCGGUGUUACGAGGGUCUGUGUUUGUCCUGCAGAUAUUUGGUGUUAAGACCAGCCUGUUCUCAAAAACACUUGUACUUGAAUGUCUGCAGCUGAGUGUGCCUACAUCAGCCUUUAAGAUCAUUUUUAGCAAUAAAUUACUAUUCUUACAAGCUGUG